CAGCAUAACCUAACCUCUCAAAAAACUGAAAUUCUUUUCCGAAGAAUAUUAAUGACAUCUUUGCGAAUUUUUGCAAGAAUGGUGCAUAAAAAAUGUAGAUCCCCAAAAUAUCCCUUUGGAGACGCAACCAGAUUACCAAUCUCAGAUGAAGAAGUCCCCUGGAACGUAAAAAUUUCUUAUAAUCCUCCAGAAUACGAAUCUCCUGGCCUCAAAAACAAACCUUGGGCAGAUCCCUACAUCGACGACACUUAUUUCUGUCCCAAGUUCAACUUUCUCGAUGGAAAUGUCGACAGGGUGAGUUUUAUGGGUACAUACAUGAUUGAGAAUAAGAGACCGUUGAAUCCGGAAGGAAGGACUGGUCUGAGAGGAAGAGGUAUCUUGGGAAGAUGGGGUCCCAGCCAUGCUGCUGAUCCUAUAGUAACUAGGUGGAAAAUUUCUGAAGGAGUGAAAGAAAUUCAUUCUGUAACAAAUUUGCCCAUACUUCAAUUUUGUGCAAUUCAAAGGCACGACUGCAACGAAUGGGCUAUACCAGGGGGUUUCGUUGAUCCAGGAGAAAACGUUAGUGAAACCCUUCGAAGGGAGUUCGCAGAGGAAGCCUUCAAAUUAUUAGAAACUGAUAAGGAGGAAGCUGAAAAAAUAAAUAUUGCUAUUGCUGAUUUUUUUAAGGAGGGCAAGGAAAUUUAUAAGGGAUAUGUAGAUGAUCCACGUAAUACUGAUAAUGCUUGGAUAGAGACGGUUGCCAUGAAUUUUCACGAUGAAACCGGGGAGACUGUCGGAAAAUUUGAUUUGAAGGCAGGAGAUGAUGCUAAAAAUGUCCUCUGGUUGGAUAUCGACAAAAAUUUGGAAUUAUAUGCUAGCCACUUGUCUUUUAUUGAAGCAGUGGCCAAGUUGCAUAAUGCACACUGGUAGAUUGAUCUAAGAACUAAGAAAGUGAUGUUUUCCAAAGAAGAAAAUUUAUUUUUUUUUAUAUAUAUUUUAUAUACAUGGUUAGGU